CAGUUUCUAUGUAAUGUUGCUACAUUUUGCUCGUUGUGUUGUUUGUUUACUUCACUUCAAACCAGUUUCAGUCUAAAUGCUGGAGGAUGUUUGAUUUUCUUCAUCCGGUGAUACAAAACACCUGGAGGGGGUCAGGUGGUGUUCCAGUGAAGGUCCAGCAUCCUGGAUCUGAUACCGUGAAGGCUGCAAAUUAAUAAUAGAUUCAUUGAUAGAAUAAAACAAAAAGCGAUGAGUGUGAAUAUAUUCAACAGGACUUUGAAUAACAUAGUUUAAAUGUUCAAUAAAGUUAUUGUUGAACAAACUGAAGCAGAGAGACAGAGAGAGGAGGAGGAGGGCGACGAGGAAGCGAAGAGGAUCAGCUGAAGUGUGAGGAGGCGUUCCUCCGACCUCACCCUGCCCUCGUGCUACAGCCAGCUGGCUCCUCAAGCUCAACUGACCCAUAAACCAACCAGUGAACUCGUCAAUGAACCGGAGAGAGAAACGAUUUACAAUUUUUACAAUUUCCACAAGUUCAACAAGAAGAUCCAUCCAUCCAUUCGUCCAUCCAUCCAUCUGUCCAUCCAUCCGUCCAUCCAUCUUAUCCGUCCAUCCGUCCAUCCAUCCGUCCAGAUGAGUGAUCAACCUCCUCCGUACAUCCCACACCCUCCCAGUGGCCCCACAGUUCCCAACUUCCCUUCAGCGUACAGCACUCAGCCUUCAGCCUUCCCUGGCUCGUCGUACCAGACCUUCCCUCAGAACUACACGGGUGGAGGAGACCAGGGCUACUACCACAGUCAACCAGGGCCACCAGGGCCUCCGGGUCCCCCGGGCCCCCCGGGCCCCCCGGGAACUUACAUGACUCAGCCUGGGUACAUCCACAGCGGGCCCCCCGGGAUGUACGGAGAGCAGCCAAAACACACGGUGUUCCUGGUCGAGCAAAAUCACAGACAUGAAGACGAGGGUGAUGAUUCGUGUCUGAACGUGUGCAGCACUGCUCUGUGCUGCUGCUGCCUCUGGGAAAUGUUGACUCACCACCACUGACCUCUGACCUCCAGCCCCACUGAGCCUCUUCUUUCCCAUCAUGCAGCAGAGCAAUCAUGAUGACAACUCAACUCAUGCUGGGAAAUUAAUUAUUAAAAUAAAAAUAAUAAAAAAUGCCCUCACAACUGAAUGAAAUCUCCAUAAGUCCCCAUA